CAGUAUCCUGAACGACUGAACACUGGGAACCUCAGCCAGAAUCCAGGAGCCCCCCCCCCCUUAUAGAAGCCAAGAGAGACCUAACUCUGCUGACCUGAGAACACACGUCUCCACUCUGGUUCUAUCCUCUGUCCUGCCGUUCACAGACAAUGAACCAGAAGACCACUCUGGUGCUCCUUGCUCUGGCUGUCAUCACCAUUUUUGCCUUGGUGUGUGUCCUACUAGCUGGCAGGGGAGGAGAUGGGGGUGAACCCGGCCAGCCCCCCAGCUGCCCCGCUGUGUCCCCCAGCGCCCAGCCCUGGACACACCCCGGUCAGAGCCAGCUGUUUGCAGACCUGAGCCGAGAGGAGCUGACAGCUGUGAUGAGCUUCCUGACCCAGCAGCUAGGGCCAGGCCUGGUGGAUGCAGCCCAGGCCCGCCCCUCGGACAACUGCGUCUUCUCCGUGGAGCUGCACUUGCCCCCCAAGGCUGCAGCCCUGGCCCACCUGGAUAGGGGGAGCCCCCCGCCUGCCCGGGAGGCACUGGCCAUCAUCUUCUUUGGCGGACAACUCCAGCCCAAUGUGAGUGAGCUGGUGGUGGGGCCGCUGCCUCACCCCACCCACCUGCGGGAUGUGACAGUGGAGCGUCACGGGGGCCCCCUGCCCUAUCACCGACGCCCCGUGCUGAUCCGGGAGUACCUGGACAUAGACCAGCUGAUCUUCGACAGGGAGCUGCCCCAGGCUGCUGGGCUCCUCCACCACUGCUGCUUCUACAAACGCCAAGGACGGAAUCUGGUGACGAUGACCACGGCCCCCCGAGGUCUGCAGUCAGGGGACAGGGCCACCUGGUUUGGCCUCUACUACAACAUCUCAGGGGCUGGGUUUUUCCUGCAUCCCGUGGGGUUGGAGUUGCUAGUAGACCACAAGGCUCUGGACCCUGCCCGCUGGACCAUCCAGAAGGUGUUCUUUCAAGGCCGCUACUAUGACAGUUUGGCCCAUCUGGAGGACCAGUUUGAGGCAGGCCUGGUGAAUGUGGUGCUGGUCCCAGACAAUGGCACAGGUGGGUCCUGGUCCCUCAAGUCCCAGGUGGCUCCGGGCCCAGCUCCUCCUCUGCAGUUCCUACCCCAAGGCCCCCGUUUCAGUGUCCAGGGCAGUCGAGUGAGCUCCUCAUUGUGGACUUUCUCCUUUGGCCUUGGAGCUUUCAGUGGCCCCAGGAUCUUUGACAUCCGCUUCCAGGGAGAACGACUAGCUUAUGAGAUCAGCCUCCAGGAGGCCUUGGCCAUCUAUGGUGGAAAUUCCCCUGCAGCAAUGCUGACCCGCUAUAUCGAUGGCAACUUUGGCAUGGGCAAGUACUCCACUCCCCUGACCCGGGGGGUGGACUGCCCCUACCUGGCCACCUAUGUGGACUGGCACUUCCUUCUGGAGUCCCACACCCCCAAGACAAUACGGGAUGCCAUUUGUGUGUUUGAACAGAACCAGGGCCUCCCCCUGAGGCGACACCACUCAGAUUUCUACUCCCACUAUUUUGGGGGCCUUGCAGAGACAGUGCUGGUUGUCAGAUCUGUGUCAACCAUGCUCAAUUAUGAUUAUGUGUGGGAUAUGGUCUUCCACCCCAAUGGGGCCAUAGAAGUCCGACUCCAUGCCACCGGCUACAUCAGCUCAGCAUUCCUCUUUGGCGCUGCCCGAAGGUAUGGGAACCAGGUCAGAGAGCACACCCUGGGUACUGUCCACACCCACAGCGCCCACUUCAAGGUGGAUCUGGAUGUAGGAGGACUAGAGAACUGGGUCUGGGCUGAGGACAUGACCUAUGUCCCCACGGCGGUACCCUGGAGCCCCGAACACCAGAUGCAGAGGCUGCAGGUGACCAGGAAGCUUCUGGAGACUGAGGAGCAGGCCGCCUUCCCCCUGGGGGGCACCCCACCCCGUUACGUGUACCUGGCCAGCAACCACAGCAACAAGUGGGGUCAUCCACGGGGCUACCGCAUCCAGUUGCUCAGCUUUGCAGGGGAGCCGCUGCCCCAGAACAGCUCCCUGGAGAGAGCCUUCAGCUGGGGGAGGUACCAGCUGGCUGUGACCCAGAGGAAGGAAGAGGAGCCCAGCAGCACCAGCAUCUACAAUCAGAACGACCCUUGGGCCCCCACCGUGGAUUUCACUGACUUCAUCAACAAUGAGACCAUUGCUGGAGAGGACUUGGUGGCCUGGGUGACAGCUGGUUUCCUGCACAUCCCUCAUGCAGAAGAUGUUCCCAACACAGUGACUGUGGGCAAUGCUGUGGGCUUCUUCCUCCGACCCUACAACUUCUUUGACCAGGACCCCUCCUUCGAUUCUGCAGACUCUGUCUAUUUCCAGGGGAACCAGGAUGCCAGGGCCUGCGAGGUCAACCCCCUGGCUUGCCUUCCUCAGUCUGCUGCCUGUGCCCCAGACCUCCCUGCCUUCUCCCACGGGGGCUUCUCUCACAACUAGGGGUCCCCCCAGGAUGGGGAAUGUGGCCGGCGCCCCAGGGCCAGGGUGUGUGGGGAGGGGAACAGUGGUGGCCUGGUGCCUUCUUCUCCUACCUUCCACCACAAAGCUCCUCCCCUCCCCUCCCCCCCAGACCCCCUCUCUAUCGCCCUCCCUGACACCCCCUCCCUUCAGGGAGCCUCCUGAGCCUGUGAUACCUGGCACUGGGGGAGGGGCAGAGACAUCAGUCAGCUUUGUGGUCACCCGACCUGCUGAGAGAAGAAUGGCCAGCUGAAGCCUGGGACUAAUGGCCAAGCUUUUCCCAGAAGACUUAUUUUUUUGUGAUUUUGUGUUUGGUUUUGUUUUUUGGCUUUAUGGCUUUCCCAAAUCUUUUUAACCCACCUCCUAGUCUCCCCUGAGCCUCUUCAGUCUCUCCCUUGGAAGGUGGGGAUGGUGUUGCAGCACUGGGGACAGUCCCCUAGGAGCCCCAGGGCAGGGUUCCUGUCAGGCCUACACAUCUAGGGAUGAGCUAGAGGAGAUUCCUUAGCCCAUAUUCCUCUUAUCCAAGUCCUCCUUCUUUCCCUCUUCCUUCCUUGGCCAACUGGUGCCUCUUCCUGUUCCUACCUGUUCUUAUAGCCUGAAAUUUCUCUCCCAGCCCUCAGAGAAUGUUUCCCUGUCCUGAUGCUACCUUAGCCUUCAUUUCUUGACUUAACGGCUCCUCUCCUGGCUCUCUGCCUGUGGAAAUCUCAAACAUCUAGUUUGAGAGGACAACCCUGUCCGUCCCUCUGUAUCUGUCACAAACCGGAGUAGGAGUCGUCCCCACCCCAGUCCUAGGGUAGGCUGUAAUUCCUGAAAGUUCUGUCCACCGCUUUGUAUUCACCUGCCUUGCUUCUCUGGCAAAGGAUGGUCACAUAGACAGCAGCAGCUCAAGUUAGCUUUUGGGGUGGAUUUGUGGGCACAGUGGUAAUGAGGAGCGGUCAUUUGUGCCUGGGGUGUAUGUGACCAAUGACCUCACAUGCUCCACAGCAGCAGACACAGAAGGCUGGUUGGCGCCAAGGGUGGGAAGCAGAGAGACUCUGGAACUCCAGCGACCUAGAGGUGGCCAUGCAAAUGAGCUGGGCGGGGGGGCGUGGCUUCCACCAUGCUGUCCCUCAGAGGAUCUGGGUGAGGGGUGGGUAUGACCAUAGUGAGAAAUUAGAAACCAGAGAAACAUCCUUUCCUAGAGGAUUGGUUAACUAAAUUUGUACACAGCCUAACAAUACAGCGCUAUGCAGCUAUUAAAAGGAUGCUCUCAGUGUAUACUCGCAGGGAAUGAUCUUCCAAUGAAUACGCCAAGGCACAGAAGUGUGUGUGGUGCACUUCUCCUUUGUGUGAUAGAAAGGAGGAAACUAUAAAUACAUAUUUACUUAUAUAUGCUUAUUCAGAAGAAACCAGGGAUACUGGUCGCUUUGGGGAAGGGGAGUUGGGAGGUGAGGAAGGGGAGGGAGGAGACUUAGCACUAUGUACCCUUCUGUAUAUUUUGAAUUUGAGCCAUGUGACUAUUAUCUAUUCAAAACAAAAUAAAAAAUGGACCCAAACAGGA